AUGGAGAAAUACGCCCCUAACUUCAGCGAAGUUCUGCUGACACCGGAUCCACAUUAUAUACCGGGGUAUGCAGGAUAUUGUCCACAGCUGAAGUUCAAUGUGGGGAAGUCUUACGGUCAGCUCACAGCCGAGCUGCUGACCAGUCCUGAGGUGAAACACUCCAAUCGUCUGGUCCUCCACACGGGUCACGUCCCCUCCACAGAGUUUGGCGCUGCUCUGACACUGAGAAGUAUCUCUGACAGUAACUUGAAGAAAGUGAUACCAGGAUACACAGGCUUCAUUCCAAAAAGUCAGAACUACUUUUCCUUCAGCUACUCUGAAACGUGUCGCAAAGCGAUGACUGAGUUUUACCAGGACAGGUGUGUGAAGAUCCAGCGGCAAUCAACAGACCUGCCAGCUGUUGUCAAUUACACCAACCAACAGUCUGAAAAACCAAGACCCCCCUUGACAGCAAUCUCCAACAAAGUGUUCUCCUACAGGCCCCUGAAGACCUUCACCCCGGCCGGAAAUCCAUAUUUCAUGGAUGAUAACAACCCAAACAAGUACUUUAUCUCAGGUUUUACAGGGCAUGUGCCAAAAUCUCGCUUCCUAAUUGGCAAAGGUUUCCCCAUCACUACAAACCAGGCACUGAUCCAGUUUGGGAAGCAGCGGCGGACUGACCCCGCGUUUCGAGGGAACCCAGGGAGGAAAGACAGCACAAUUAUUCCCAUGCCCACUAUCUACCCAUCAGACAGGGGUGUGGUGCCGUCAUUCACAGGACACAUCCCAGGAUACCAGUUCAUGUAUGGACAUACCUAUGGUCAACUUUCCAAGAAUGCACUGGAGAAGAGCGGCAUCAAGAGGAUCCUUCAGGCAAAAUCAUAA